AAGACCCUUUUCUUUGUUGCAGUAGGUGUUCAACGUAAAAUACAGUUCUCUACCGAAUCCAGUAGCCGCGCUCUCAGGAGCCAACAUGGGAUUUACCACGUCGCUUCCCCGUCCCGUAGCUGCCUUGUACCCCUCCGUCCUACUGAGCCUGGUGCUCGGCUACUGGGUGUCACUUACACCUGCUGUGGAGAGCUAUCUACGGGCGAACGUUCAGCCGAUACUGCAGGAUACAUCAAUAUGGAUGUCAUCCGGUCGCUUCCUUCAGACACAGUGGGAAUGGGUGUACAAAUCCUUCCGCGAUGAGUAUCAACUCGCCACUGUCGGAACAGCUCUCGUCAUCAGUACGUCCCUGAUGGUGAUGUCGUCACUGUACACGUACAUGGACCUGACAGGACGACCUGCUGUACUGGUCCGCUAUAAGAUCCAGCCUAACGUCAACCCACCACCGGUUGACCCGGCCCUGUUCGCUAAGGUAGGGCUACAGUUGAUUCCCAACACACUCCUGACCCUGGCGGUAAUCUAUCUGCUCCAGCCCGUGAUGGUGUGGAGGGGGAUGGAGUUCGGCAGGGAACUCCCGUCUCUCUGGAGACUGUUACUGGACUUUCCUGUGUGUGUUCUCAUGCAAGAGAUCGGUUUCUAUUACGGUCAUAGACUAGUGCACAUCCCAUACUUGUACAAGCGUAUCCACAAGAAGCAUCACGAGUUCACGGCACCGAUGAGCGUGGGCGCGGCGUACAGUCAUCCGUUUGAGCACGUCACCUCUAAUGUUAUCCCUCUAUUCACUGGCCCUAUACUCGCCGGGUGUCACGUGGCCACCAUGUGGCUGUGGCUAAUGUACUUGAUGUACGAGACUACCACAGACCACUCCGGGUAUCACAUGCCGUUCGCAAGGUCACCGGAGUUCCAUGAUUUCCAUCACGCCAAGUUCAACUACAACUAUGGCACGAUGGGCUUGCUGGACUGGCUGCAUGGCACGGACUCAGCCUUCCGGCAGAGCACCGCCUCGAAGCGUCACCGCGUCCUGUUCGGAAUCACUCCGCUCUCCGAAUCUAUUCCGGAAACUAAGAAGAAAUGAAUUGAAAGACUUAAUCAUACAAACAAUUAAAGUAACUGUUGUUUACGUAAUGCGUGAACCUGUAAUUUUGUUUUGACACUGGCCGGGACCAAAACAUCUGAGGUACCUGUAUGUGUAUCCCCCCAAAAUGAACCAUCAGUGGACACCACUUUUAAAGCAUUUGAAUCCAAAAUCAGCGAUCGAUAGCAAUAACAAUUGCAGUUAAAAUCAGCAUAUCUUUUAGAUUCAUAUAUGUAAAUCUUCAUUUUAAUAUGACAAUGAAUCACUAAAAAGACAGUUGGCUACAUGUAAACCCGGAUUAUUAAAACAUUACCUAUACCUGAAACAAUAGUAUAAGUAUUAUUACAAUCCAUUCAGCUAUUAGAAGUUCUUAAAGAUAUUUUGCCAGAAGCACAAAAAAAACCUUAAAACUGCCGCAGUUCUAAGGCUUUUUGUGCUUGGCGGCUGUAGUAACAAGGUCAGACAUCAGGGGUCGUCAGGUCAACAACAUCGACCCACGUUGCAAUCCAUUCAGCGGUCCUUCAAAUAAUCAAACCUGAACACGUACGCAUGCAUGCGAUCUUCUGCAGUAAUAUGUUAUGCCACCAGGAGACCUUCUGAAAGUCGAGAAGCACUGCCAGGUCAACCACAUCUACCCACCGCAUAUUAAUUACCAUUGUAAUCAAUCAAGAAGUUCCGAAGAUAAUUUGCAAGACAAGUGCGCACCGAGGCACGAUCUAUGAAUGAGUGAUUGAAUUAAUGAGUUUAUUUUGUUUAUUUCUCGUGGAAUUAAAAACUCUACCAAAA